AGCGUGCAGCAGACGGGUUCCCUGGGUCUCGCUGAGGUGCUGGCGGGGCGCGCGGGCGCUUCCUAACGGGUGGCUGCGUGCGCCCGGCGGUCCCGUGCGGGGAGAGGAAGUCGCUGCUCCGGAGACGGGGAGUGGCAGAGGCGCGCGCGCCCGCCUUGGCCCGCGCGUCUGGGGGAGGGGGGAGGGAAGGAGGAGGAGGAAACUCUGAGGCGCCUGCGCAUCUACAACUCCGUCUGCCCAAGGGGCCCUUCCGUUCCCGGCCCCACGGGUAGCGGAAGUGGAUCGAGCGCUCGGGGAGCGGGGAUGCGUCCGUGCCGCCGCCGCGCGGAGCCCGAGCAGUGAGGCGUGCUCGGGGGGGCGGAGGAACCGCCGCCUGCGCCACAGGCGUCUCGGAUGUUGCUGCAGGUGGGGGCAAUGGGAGCUGUGUAACUGCCUGGGAUCUGGGGCGGCUCCCCCUUCUCCUCCGUGCCAGCUCCAGUGCUGCUGUUGCUAAAGUCUUUGUAACUAACAACCCAAGUGCAGUUUCGAUGGAAAAUGAAGGUUGCAGGUUUUCAACAAAUGCCUAAUGGUGACAAUGAGACAAUGAUUCCUGUACUGACUUCAAAAAAAGCAAGUGAAUUGCCCGUAAGUGAAGUUGCAACCAUUCUUCAAGCUGAUCUUCAGAAUGGCUUAAAAAACUCUGAAGUUUGUCAUAGGCGGACGUUCCAUGGAUGGAAUGAGUUUGAUAUCAGUGAGGAUGAGCCGCUAUGGAAAAAAUACAUUUCUCAGUUUAAAAACCCCCUUAUUAUGCUUCUCCUGGCUUCUGCAGUCAUCAGUAUUGUAAUGCAUCAGUUUGAUGAUGCCGUCAGUAUCACUGUGGCAAUACUCAUUGUUGUUACAGUUGCCUUUGUUCAGGAGUACCGCUCAGAAAAAUCUCUCGAAGAGCUUAGUAAACUUGUACCUCCCGAAUGCCACUGUGUACGUGAAGGUAGGGUGGAACACACACUUGCCAGAGACUUAGUUCCAGGUGAUACAGUCUGCCUGUCAGUGGGAGACAAAGUCCCUGCUGAUCUACGCUUGUUUGAGGCUGUGGAUCUUUCUGUUGAUGAAUCUAGUCUGACAGGCGAGACUGCUCCUUGCUCUAAAUCGACUGCUCCUCAGCCAGCUGCUACCAAUGGAGACCUCACCUCCAGAAGCAAUAUUGCUUUCAUGGGAACACUGGUUAGAUGUGGAAAAGCAAAGGGGAUAGUGAUUGGAACUGGAGAAAACUCAGAGUUUGGGGAGGUUUUUAAGAUGAUGCAAGCAGAAGAAGCUCCAAAGACACCUCUGCAGAAGAGCAUGGACCUUUUAGGAAAACAGCUUUCCUUGUAUUCCUUUGCUAUAAUAGGUAUUAUUAUGCUGGUUGGCUGGUUGCAAGGAAAGCAUAUCCUUGAUAUGUUUACUAUUGGUGUGAGUUUGGCUGUAGCUGCAAUCCCUGAAGGACUACCUAUUGUGGUAACAGUGACAUUGGCCCUUGGUGUGAUGAGAAUGGUCAAGAAAAGGGCUAUUGUAAAAAAGCUACCUAUUGUUGAAACUUUAGGUUGCUGUAAUGUGAUUUGUUCAGAUAAAACUGGAACUCUGACCAAGAAUGAAAUGACUGUUACUCAUAUUUUUACUUCAGAUGGACUGCAUGCUGAGGUUACUGGAGUAGGCUAUAACAGGUUUGGAGAAGUCAUGCUGGAUGGUGAUGUUAUUCAUGGGUAUAACAACCCCUCUGUUAGCAGAAUUGUUGAGGCAGGCUGUGUGUGCAAUGAUGCCAUAAUUAGAAACAGCACUCUAAUGGGAAGACCAACAGAAGGGGCCUUAAUUGCACUUGCUAUGAAGAUGGGUCUAGAUGGACUCCAGCAGGACUACAUUAGAAAAGCGGAGUAUCCCUUCAGCUCAGAGCAAAAAUGGAUGGCUGUUAAAUGUGUGCACAGGACACAACAGGACAAGCCAGAGAUUUGCUUUAUGAAGGGUGCUUAUGAACAAGUGAUUAGAUACUGUACAACAUAUAACAGCAAGGGGCAGACUCUGCCUCUCACCCAACAACAGAGAGAACAGUAUCAGCAAGAGAAGAUAUCUAUGGGUUCUGCAGGACUUAGGGUUCUCACCCUAGCCUCUGGCCCUGAGCUGGGACAGCUUACCUUUUUGGGGCUGGUGGGAAUAAUUGAUCCUCCAAGGACUGGUGUAAAAGAAGCUGUCACUACACUUAUCGCUUCAGGAGUAGCAAUAAAAAUGGUUACUGGAGAUUCACAGGAGACUGCGAUUGCUAUUGCUAGUCGCCUUGGGUUAUAUUCCAAAAAUUCACAGUCCUUCUCAGGAGAAGAAAUAGAUACUUUGGAUAUUCAACAGCUUUCACAAAUAGUACCAAAGGUUGCAGUGUUUUACAGAGCCAGUCCCAGACAUAAAUUGAAAAUCAUAAAGUCCUUACAAAACAAUGGUGCAGUAGUAGCUAUGACAGGAGAUGGAGUGAAUGAUGCUGUAGCUCUGAAGGCUGCAGAUAUUGGAGUGGCAAUGGGGCAGACUGGAACGGAUGUUUGUAAGGAAGCAGCUGAUAUGAUCCUAGUGGAUGAUGAUUUUCAGACAAUAAUGUCUGCAAUUGAAGAGGGUAAAGGAAUUUAUAAUAACAUAAAAAAUUUUGUUAGAUUUCAACUAAGCACGAGUAUAGCUGCAUUGACUUUAAUCUCACUGGCUACAUUAAUGAAUUUACCUAAUCCUCUCAAUGCCAUGCAGAUCUUGUGGAUCAAUAUUAUUAUGGAUGGACCUCCAGCUCAAAGCCUGGGAGUGGAACCUGUGGAUAAAGAUGUUAUUCGGAAGCCCCCAAGAAACUUGAAGGACAGCAUUUUGACCAAAAACUUGAUUGUUAAAAUACUAGUUUCAUCAAUAAUUAUUGUGUUUGGAACACUGUUUGUCUUCUGGAGGGAGUUACGAGAUAAUGUCAUAACACCUCGAGAUACGACUAUGACCUUCACCUGUUUUGUGUUUUUUGAUAUGUUCAAUGCUUUGAGUUCCAGAUCUCAGACGAAAUCUGUGUUUGAGAUUGGACUCUGCAGUAACAAAAUGUUUUGUUACGCGGUUCUUGGAUCUAUAAUGGGGCAAUUAUUGGUCAUUUACUUUCCUCCACUUCAGAAGGUUUUCCAGACGGAGAGCUUGAGCAUAUUAGAUUUGUUGUUUCUUCUGGGCCUCACCUCUUCUGUCUGCAUAGUGGCAGAGAUCAUGAAGGUUGUUGAGAGAAGCAAGGAAAAGAUCCAAAAACGUGGAAGUUCUUCUUCGUCAUCUUUUCUUGAUGUAUGAUGCAUAUUGCAUUCUUUUAUUUGCAAACUAGGAAUUGCAGUCUGAGGAUGUAAGAGAAAGCAAAACACAGAAUUUGGAGGAUAAAGAAAUCCUGAGGGCUUUUGUCAAGUUCUUUGUGUUUCACCAACUAAAGAUGAACAUUGAUAUUUCAAGACUGUGGAGAUUUAAAACUUCCAGCUGUGGGAGUAACAAAUUAAAUUAUGCAACUUUGGUAACAUUGUCCCUCAAAUAUAAAUUUACUUUUGAGAUUGAGUGGAACUUUGUAAAGUGUGUUGGAGGGUACUUGAAAGAGAAAUGUCAAAGCCUGAGUCCCACCUUCUGCACUUCGGAGGUAUACCUCUAUAAAUACCAUCUUAGAUAUAAAUAUUUUAGUUUGUUUUUAUUUAAUUGUUUUCCUUUACUUUUAUGGUGGUGGAACUUUGUAACUAAUGCAAGGAUAAACUUAAACAUUUCAGAGGCAUUCCUUUUGGUUUAGAAUCUGAGGCACCUGUGCCAUAUUUCAGCUACUGUAUUUAUUUACUUUAUCCUGCAAUGUGUAAAUGGCUCAAGUACCUUGUGCUACUAGUGCGACUAUUUUUUGUAUAUCCUAAGUUGUGGGUGGUUUUGUUUUUUUGCACAGGAUGUGACCACUGUCUGAUCACUUUUUUUUUUGUGAUUGAAAAGCCUAUACUGUAAUUUGAAGUAAAUGUUCGCUUUUCUUAAA